AAGGGCAGAGAAUGGGAAAGCUCUGGUUUGAAUGAGUAUUGCUGUCCAACAUUUGCGCAAAGCACGGAUCGUCAUAAUCGCGCUGGGUUAGGUUUGGAGAUGGAGUCCAUCACAGCUGCACUGGCCGAGGCGCCGUCAACGGUUACUCCGAGUUCGACUGGAACCAGGAGGUCAAUGGCAGAGAGCGAACGGGCCAUUCGCUCCCAAAGUGGGUCGAAGCCAGGCUCAGAAUCAAUCACGGAAGCAGUUGCGCACGCAUCGUCGCCGACAUUCGCGAGCUUCGCUGAAGCCAGAGGAAUACCGAUUGCUUCAACGACAAGUACUGAAGCGGAAACUGCGUCUACAACUCUUUAUACAGCGCUCGAGAGCCAGCAUGGAACCUCAACCUUGACUGCGAACCCAUCUUCAUCACCUACAACUGUGAAUACUACGGCUACACAACACCCUGACUAUUCAUCGAUACCAAGUCCUAAUAUCAUAUCGAGAAGCAUCCACACCAACACGAUAACAACAGAAUUCCCCCUUCCACCACCAAUUCCAACAACAUCCCUACCAACGACCCCGACAACCCCCCACACCUUCGCCUCCUCAACACAAAUCCACGCCUUACCCGCCCAAACCCCUCGGAACCAGCACCCAAGCACCGACCCCCUCAUCUCACCGGGCCAACCUCCUCUUACGCCCCUUCUCAAGACAAAAUCAAAAUCGAAAUCGAAGCUGAAGGCCGACUUGAACUACCACCAUACCCCCCACGCCCACACCUACCACCUCAACGGGCGCCUCCAAUCAUCCCGCUACCACUACCCCGCCUCCCUCCUCACCCUCCUAAUCAUCAUCAUCCCAGUCGGUCUAUGGUUCGGCUUCACAGCGCCGUGGAUAUGGGAACAUAUCAGCCCGGCUGUCGUUGGGGUCUAUGCGUAUUUGGUACUGGUCUGUUUGGUUAGUUUUGGGAAGGCUGGGUGGACUGAUCCUGGGAUUUUGCCACGGAAUCUGGAUAUUUUGGAUCGGGAGCCGACGGAUUCGUUUCACAACUGGCCGCUUCCGCUCUCGACACACCUCACACCACGCUCACCCUCGCACUUUCCCCUCUUACACCGCCGUCGACGGAAGGUUGUGAAUGCGGAAGGAAAGCCGGUCGAGGUCGAAAUGAACCUGAAGUACUGUACGACAUGCCGAAUUUAUCGACCUCCGCGAACGAGUCACUGCAAAUAUUGUGAUGCGUGUAUCGAGUGGACGGAUCAUCAUUGCAAAUUUCUGAAUACGUGUGUUGGGCGUCGAAACUACCGCUAUUUCUUCACCUUCGUAACAUCCCUCCUUCUCCUCUCCCUCCUAACCCUUUCAACGACCCUGCCCCACGUCAUCCUCCACUACACCCGUCACUCAUCCCCCGGUACCUCCUUCCCGCACUCACUCCGCACAGACCACGCCGCAUCCGCAAUCUCCCUCUUCCUCGUCAUUUACGCAUUGUUGGCGUCUUUGUUCCCUGGUGCGCUGUGCGGCUACCAUCUGUUCUUGAUCGCCCGGGGUGAGUCGACGCACGAAUACCUACGUGGCUCGGUCCUCCGUCCCCAGGAAGGUGAAGGAGAUGUGAGGAGACCGUUCGACGAAGGUUGUGCGCGAAAUUUUCUUGUGGCACUGUGCCGGCCGAAGAUCUUGGCUUGGGUUAUGCCGAGAGGCGAAUGGGUUGGGGAGGAAGAUGGGAGGUUUGUCAGGAUGGGGAGGUUGGGGGAGGGGGUUGAUUCUGACAAUCCGGUAUGA